CUCUGAGAGAGGUUUUUGAGUUUCCCCCAAUUGCCUCUUGAGAAAAAAGGAUCUCUUUUCUUCUUUCCCUUCCCCUUCCCUUUGCUUUUUUGAACGAGUGUGUGAGAGAGAGACAAAAGGGCUUUGACCAGGGUCUAUUGUUGUAUCGUGUGCCCGUUAUUCACUAAUCAAAGUUACACGUCUUAUUUCGAUCUUCUCUCUUUCUCUUUACAUACAGUCACGACCCCUCUGUCUCUGGUUGAGCUGAACUGUCUCGCUCCGACGAUCAUUGAAAGUGUCCGGUACUCGAAUGGCAACGACAACAACGACAACUCUCCCCUAGAAUCGAGCCGAGUCUCUUUUUGCUUUAUGGCUUUAUCAUGUAAGUUUGGUUUUAUUGUUACUCUAUGACAUCAGAUCCACCCUUUUCAAGGUUUGUCUACCUAAUGUUCGAAACUCGACCAGGUAUUCCAUGCUUGUCGGUCUCGCCAGGCCUCAGGUUGGUCUGGUUACUGGUAAUUAAUUUACAGUGCACAACACGCACACUUGAACUGGACUAGCAUAUAACAUGGCAAUCUAAUGUUGUUGAUGGCGGGAUGGGCACAAGCCAACUACCUAAUUCUCACUUUCUUCAUAUCAAUCAUUUCUCCAGUCGGACUCGCCGUGUUCCCUUUACUCUCUCUCUUUCCCUUCCCCAUUCAUCUCCAUCUCGUCGUCCUGACCUCGCUCUCCACCACGCGCCCCCAGCAUAAACCCACGUUAUGCGCGCCGACUUGCUCAGCUCCUGGAACGAUCGCUGCUAACUCAAUGCCUUGAUUGCCAGCUCCUCUAUCGCUUUGAGCACCGUCAGCUCUACCCUCUCCUGACGUGACGACAGGCAACGCGCCUGCGAGCGGCCUUGCCGUGCCAUGGAGGCCCUGGAGUCUUCGACGCCCGCGGACCCGCUGCCACCAGCGUCUGGUCUCAGCGCGGCGCCCCCAGUCCCAGUCCCAGUCCCAGUCCCAGUCCCAGUCUCAGUCCCUAUACCAUCACCUCCUCCAGCUGCUGCAACUACUGUCAAGGAUCCGUUGUCAACCAAAUCAAAGGUUCAGUCCAGGUCUCGUUCAGGCUCAGGCGCUAUCGCUGUUGCAGCCCCCAACGUGAAUGCUGCCGUAGCAGCACUCAAGAAAAAGGAAUCCACCAGCCCUGGCUUCUCGACACCCAGUAAGUGGCCUUCUGUUAGGUCCACAAACACCGCGCGCAUGCCCACAACUAUCGUUGCGAAACCCUUGGUUCCUCUCUCAGAACGAAGAAUACACCAGAAGAAACCCACAACCCGAAGUCUCAAGGACUCAGAUUCCAGCUUAGAUAACCAGGGCAGUCUGUCUCGAUGGGAGAUUACUCCAGACGGUGGAUCGGCAGGUCGUGAAGGACGUCAAUUCACUGUCGCCAACGUUGGGAACAAUGGUCGCAUAUAUUUGAGGCCGACCGUUCGCCCUGCGUACCAGCGAACUCCUCAGCCCCAAUUCGUCUUUCCGAUUACACCUCCCAGUACCGCAGGCUUGGAUGCGAUCUCUAAUAAACAGCUUCAAGACGAGACGAGUGAACUUCACGUUAGUCAGUGGACGCCAACACCGGAACCUUCACCUUAUGACGGUACCCGAACAUACUUCGAUCACGACUCUCAGUAUCCGCUCCGGCCCGUGAAACAUCGUCGCGCGCUUUCCGAUAGCACGGUUCACGAGGUGUCCACUGCCAAAGAUUCGGAACCCGGGGCCUUCAAGAUCGUCAUUUCGAAACCAUUGGAGGAAUACCGACCUCGGACUAUGGAAGAUUUCGAUUCGACUUCUGAUCCUCUUCUUGACAUUACGAUACCAUCGUGGCGCAUAGGAGUUCCCCGAUUCACGGGAAGAGGCACACCAAUGAUUCGCGGAUCCUCGUACGCUCCCACUGAGGAGUUUCGCUCAAGUAGCGCCUCGCUACUGAGCCGACCUCAGGGAGUGCUAAAUAGCUCGCACCCUGAUAUAACAUCUUCAAGGAGGCCGAGUUCUAUGGCUGUACCGAUGUUGCGAAUUUCUCGAAAUUUAUCAGCCAUGACUCAGACUCCUUCAACCACACAACCUUCUCGAACCAUUCGUCCAAGCUAUCAAUCAAAUUCUAAAGUCGAACCCGCCAUGUUCGAUGACCUCACAUUCAAGCCAGCCUGCGAUGAUCGUACAUUAGUCAAAUAUUCUGCAGCAACUGGUGCUGUUAUAGCUGCUACGCCACCGCGCCUCGUCGCCGAAAUCACAUCACCCAGUUUCCUCGAUUACGAACUCAUCUCCGACUUCUUUCUCACUUUCCGAGCGUUUCUGGAGCCCGUGGAUCUUCUCCGUAUGCUUAUUGCGAGACUACGCUGGGCUUUGGCUCGUGAUGAUGAGACAGGCAUGGUUGUUCGUGUUCGUACAUUUGUUGCCCUUCGACAUUGGAUUCUCAACUAUUUUAUGGACGACUUCGUUGUGGAUUAUAACCUCCGACAAACGUUCUGCGAGCUACUCAACGACUUUGUGGAUGAACUUUCGCAGUGCAACCGGUCUCGAAAGGUUCAGCUGAAGAUUCUUGGAGAAUUAAAGAAGUGUUGGCGAAGGGUUUGCGCAUUGUACUGGGAUGGCCCGAAUUUUGACGACUCCCUCGAUUCUAGCGUUCCUAUUACGCCUGGUGGUAUUGCUGGACAUCGCGAUCCCAGUCUGGAUCCGUCUUUCUGGGACCGUGAUGAUGGCGAAACACCCCGUAUCGAAAGUCUACUACCACUUAGAAGGAGUCCUGCCGAACGAACAAGCUUCAUCGCCGAUAUUUCUCGAGCUGGCCAUGUUGGAGAUUCUGUUGUGGUUGAGCACCGUCCAAGCACCCCUGAACGACAAACCGCGAGGGAUUCAGCAGAACAGCAGACAUCGCCAAUUAGCAUGACUAGCAUGGACAUUAUUUCAUGCUCUUUUCCUAGCAAGAUCAAACCUGCUCAGCCUCAUCAAACGAACCCUCUAGCUGCCCACCCUGUAUCGACCUCGGCUUACCACACUGGACCAGUGGCAACGACUCCCCGUGCCCUCGUUGGCAAGCGUGUGCGACCUCAAGCUGCUCACAAGCGAAACAACAGUUUGACCGAUUCUUUGAGAGAGCACAGCACGGAUAAAUUGUCAUUCAAGGAUCAGGAGUUCAUGAUGACAACCCCAUAUGGAGGAAGUCUUGUCCGUGGAAAUUUGUUACCUCCUGGCCAGGCUUUUGUUGAUGUGGAACCGGAUGAGUUCUCUACCAGCUUGGUACCUUCGCCCAGCCUUCACCCUGAAAACCGAAGCCUCGUCAAGGAAAGAAUACCCGCUGGCGCGAUGUCUGGACACGGUAUGAAGAAGCUGCUGGGAACUGUUCGAAGAGCCUUGAGUACUAGGGGACAAGGCAUGUCUCCCACUCAAGGGAGCCUCGUCAGUCUUGGUAACAUUGGUCCUCGUGGCGCGAUAACAAAUCGCAUCCCUGGAACGGCUGUCGUACCUCAAAGCCGCCAUAGGCCUAGCGGAGCUCGCCCGACUGUGAGAAUUGACCUGCUCGGUGCCGAGAUCGUAGAGGAUUUCAAGAAGGCGGUGCGAGAUGAGGCUGCUGCUGAAGCUGAUCGUCGUGGAUUACCACCACCAAUGUCUCCUAACCCAUCCCUGACUCCUACCGGAGACUUUCACUACUCGGCUGCUCACAUGGAUACAACCAACUAUGAUCAUAUUACGCACGAGCAUAGACAUAGACCGUCUAGCGACAUGGCCAUUACUACAGGCAGCAAAUCCAUUGUCAUCGUGGAUGACACAACACCUUUCGACCCGGCGCUCCUCCACCGAAUUCCCAAUAGCAAUGCUUCUGUUGAGGCCUUUGCAGAUACUUUCAAGUUGACGGGAGGUGAUCCAACUCCCCCCUCUACUCCUCCUGCUGGCAAUGGCGGAAACACACCUCGACGUUCCUCAUACCUCCUCAACCAACAUGUUGUUCGGCCAUCGUUGGAUGAAGAUCCUUUGCCGCCAUUUGUUCCCGAUUUCGAGACCCUCGCCCCUGUCACCAGCGCACCCCUAUCAGAGGAUGGUAGCCGAGUCUCAUACUCUACAGCAGCUCGAAGUACUCGCAACCGCCCUCCUGUGUCGUAUCAGAACCACCGCCGCAACAAGUCUGGCAGGACUCAUCGGUCUCUGAACUCGAUUCUUCGCCGCCGCAGCUCCUACACAAACGGCCUUGCUCGCCGAUCCACAGUUCAGAGCUUCGAUGCCACAACAGUCUCUGCCCAAUCGAUCGCGGAACCUGAGCCCGAGGAGCCUAUGCCACCGCCUCUGCGAAUUCUUCGACGACGACCUGGAGGAGACCUGCGAGCUGCCACGAACGUGGGAGAGCUGGAUCCUGUUACGCUGAGGAGAUCCCAAUCUGUUGGCUCAUUGACAACAUAUUCAGAGUCAAUUCGCAGCUCUUUCAUGCAGAGCCCUCGGGUGGCGUCUUUUGGUCGUGGAUCUUUCGGUAAAGGUUCAGUUGUCUCCAUUGAGUAUGUGCAGCCUAGAAGCGAGGCCUUCUCUGUUGGACAACUUGCAGAUAAACCGAAGCGAGAGCUUUCACUAUUCAGCACUCACUCAUCCAAGCCUGCUAUGCGUCCAUCAUUUGAAAAGGAGGCUCAGAAACUGGCUCAGAUUCCUGAUGACGACGAUGAUGGCGGAAUCGAGUCUGCUUUGGCCAAGCUUGAGGGCAAGCUCCCCGAGAAGAAGUCACACAAGUCGGCUGUCAGCCUUCAAGUUCCCCCUCAGACAAUUGGCGAGGUCAUGAUCGCGUCAGAGCAGUCAGAAGCGGACCGGAAGAAGAAUCACCAUGAACAAGAGCUGAUGGUCAGGGAGACGUUCAUGCUGGAUCCUGAGGAUAGUGAACCAGAGCCUUUGAUUGAGCCGAAAGAGCAAAGCCUCUCACCCGAGAGACCUACAACCGAAGCGAGAUCAUUCUUGACUGGUUCGUCUCACGAAAGCUAUUCCUCUGUUCCUAUCCUCGAUCGAGACUCCGCGAAGGGUCGCCCUUGGACCAACAUGUCCAUCCUCGAGGGCUCAGAUGAAGAAACAACGCCUCGACCACACAAGACCGGUUUGUAUACCGAGGAUGGAGGCGACUUGCAGCAUGCUUCUUACGACUUUAUUGAGAAGACGCGAAGCAUUGAAGGCAUCAAGCCUGGCGACACUGCUCCCUCAGUGGAAGAGGACCAAUCGUUCCUUGACGAUGACAGUGAUCUUUCAUCCGAAAUGUCGGCGGAUGCCCUCGAAUAUGAAGGCUCGGAAUAUGGGGAUGGUAUUUUGCCUCGAGUGAAGCUCCCUGCUCAUCCUCUUGGCUCGCCCGCUCCACCCCCUAAUCGCAAGCCCCCUUCUCCUCCUAUGACUCUUGUGCAAGCGCUGGAGAUGUCACCACCUCACUGCUUCACAGUCCCUGAGUUACACGAGGACCAAGUCUGGGGCCAGAAGCCUCUUCCUCCAACUCCUGAGACUACGCCUACCGCUGCGUACGUUCAGACAACUGAUCAAGCAUCCACCGAUGCACUUCGUCAAGUUGCCAAGGUGGACUCCUUCGAGAGCAACAAGUAUUCUGCUCACUUGCCAUUCAUCCUGGCUUUCGACUCGGAGAUUCUCGCUCAACAGUUCACGCUCAUCGAAAAGGACGCGUUGAACGAGAUUGACUGGAAGGAACUCAUUGACAUGAACUGGAAGGAUGCUGCUCAUAGCGACUCUCGAUCGUGGGUUGACUUCCUCCGUAACUCUGACGCCCAUGGUGUUGAAGUAGUCAUUGCUCGCUUUAACAUCAUGGUCAAAUGGGCCAUCUCUGAGAUUGUCUUGACGCAAGGCCUAGAGGAGAGAGUACGGUGCAUCACCAAGUACAUUCAUAUCGCCACGCACUGUCGCCGUUACCGCAACUUUGCUACCCUCGCUCAGCUCACCAUCGCUCUGUCGAGCAAUGAAGUCGCUAGACUCACCAAGACUUGGCAGCAUGUCGCUCCUCAAGACCUGAAGACACUGCAAGAUCUUGAGAAGCUGGUCACUCCUAUGCGCAACUUCUAUAACCUACGUGCGGAGAUGGAAGUUGGCUCUGACCAAGGCUGUAUUCCUUUCGUUGGUAUCUAUACCCACGAUCUGCUUUACAAUGCUCAGCGACCAUCUGAGAUGGCUGGCUCCCCUACAACGCCUCCUUUGAUUAACUUUGAACGAUGCCGCAUCGCGGCCUCUGUUGUCAAGACACUGCUUCGGUUGUUGGAGGCCAGUACCCGAUACAAGUUCCAGCCCAUUGAAGGCAUCACUGAGCGCUGUCUUUGGAUGAGCGCCUUGAGCGACGAGGACAUUCGACGUCACUCGGAAAUGCUCGAAUAAACUCUACAAUCAUGCGGUUUACCUACCACAUUUUCACAAUUCAUACACAUACGGGAACGAUAAUAACGAUUUAUGACUCACCGACCCCAAACGGCGUUUCAUUUCCUAUGUUUCAACACCACAAGACGAGCAUACCCAGCAUGCCUUCACAUUAUACCCCAUCUCAUAACUCGUUCACAUACCACCACACCAGGAGUUUUCUCUUUUUCUCCCCGAGACAUACAACAUAAUCAUCAACAGCAUUUGGGACGCAAAGCAAGGAGUUGGGCAAGCUUUCUUUUUGUGUAUUUCACACGAUUUCAUCUAUGGAGGUUCUCAUCCUGGUUUUUGAUCAUACCCGCACUGCGCAAGCGUCAUGUUGCGUUUUGUUCCCUAUUUUUGGUUUCUCAGUUAAUAGAUCUGCCAGUUUUGGAUUCACUUUAAUCAGUGUUAACGAUAGGUAGGGGAUAAGGGUAGUUGGUUGCUAAUAUAGCAUAGGGAUUAGGAUGAGUAGAUGUAGUGAGGACUGACAAUUGAUACCACGUUUACGAUGAGUUGGUUCUAUCUUAACUACCUAUGUGAAAAUGAUUAAUUCCCUUAAUGAAGC